CCUUGAUUCCCUCCCGCAUAUUAGCCGACUCCCCAUUUGUUGCAAAAUCGAAAUUCGAACCCCAACUUUCGCCGAUCCAUCGCCAUGGCGUCGCCUCUCGAGUACGCUGUCGCCGUGCUGCAGGCGCGGCUCCUCCAGGCGGCGGAAGACGGCGACCUCCCCCUCUUCAAGAGGACGGCGAGGUCGCUGGACGGCGGGAAGGGCCGCCUGAGGGAGGCGGUGGAGGGCGCGACCGCGAGUAAUUGCGGCGCCCGGGCUUUGCACGUCGCCGCCGUUCACGGGAGGAUGCCCGUGUGCGCCUACCUGGUCGAGGACCUCCAGGUGAAUGUCGAUGCCACCGACGAGUCAGGCGAGACAGCUCUAAGUUAUGCAGCUGUUAAUGGAACUGUGAAUGUUGUGCGCUAUCUUCUUGAUCACGGUGCCAAUCCAGAUAAGUCUGGUCCUGGAAACCGUACUCCUCUCCACAUGGCAGUUGCAAAAGGGAAUUGUGAAAUAGUAAAGGUUUUGCUGUCAAAAGGAGCUGAUGUCAAUUGUUAUUCUGACUCGGGGACGCCACUGCAUAUUGCUGCUGUAUUUGGGUUAGAUGGUGCUAUGAAGAUUUUGUUGGACCACCAUGCAGAUUGUAACAAAUCAGUUUGCAUCGCCGAUACACCUCUCAUUGUUGCUCUCCUAGCUCACCGGCGGAAAUGUGUGAAGCUUCUGAUUAAGGCUGGUGCUGAUUUGAAUGGUCUUGGCAGUGCUGAUCCCGUAAUAGUUGCUAUAGAUGAGGGUUUAACUGAUUGUCUCAAGUGCUUACUAAAUGCUGGCGCUGAUCCCAAUGUCCUUGAUGAUUUUGGACGCCUGCCAAUUGAAGUUGCUGCAUCUCAGAAUAGCCGGGAAGACGUUGAGAUCCUAUUUCCAGUAAGUUCUCGCAUUCCAUCGGUGCUUGAUUGGAGCAUUGAUGGGAUAAUGGCUUACGUAAAAUCAAAAGAGAAGGAUGACCCUAUUUUAAAAAUGAAUCCAGCUAAUAUGAAGAUAGAAGGAAACAAAGCAUACAAGAGAAAAGACUAUAUUACUGCAGCAAGGCUCUACACCAUGGCAGAAGGUGACUACCCAGAGAAUGUAACAUUGAUUUCAAAUAGAAGCGUUUGCUGGCUUAAAAUGGGUGAAGGAGACAAAGCUUUGCGGGAUGCUCAAAUUUGCAGGGCACUGCGUCGUGACUGGCCGAAGGCCUGCUUCCGGGAAGGGGCUGCUCGAAUGCUGUUAAAGGACUAUGAAAAGGCAUGUGAUGCAUUCCUUGAUGGCCUCAAAUUAGACCCAGGGAACACUGAGAUUGAGAACGCCUUGAGGGAGGCUUUCCAUUCCUUGGAGAUAUCACAUUCUGUCAAAAAGGGCCACUGAAGUGUCAUCUGCUCCAAGAAAGGAAAACUUUUACUACGUUAAAAGAAAUUAACCGAUGUUAAGAAGCAGAUGUUGUGAUUCGAUCACUCUGCAAUGCGCUGUGGACUCCAAUGUAAGAAUAUAAAAGUUGAGCGCUUAAAAUCAGUAUUGCACCAAGAGCGUUGUCCACGGCUUCACAUCUUCUCAUGUCAGAUGAGGCCGAGCAGUUCCCUGCAUAACGAAACAACAAUUACUGAAACCUAUUGUCUUCACAGAGGGAGUAUUUGUUUAGGCCUUCGAAAGUACCUACAAGAACUCAGCACGAAACUCACUCGCCCAUUUAAUCUCGUCCACAGAGGUUGGUAGAUGUGGUGGCAUGAAAAAAACAAGACCUGACCAACUGGUCGCUGCAUCUGUUUGUCUCCGUUUAGAAGAAAACAUUCAAGCC